AUGACUACGAACACAAAUUUAAAUACUAAAACUGAAGAUGAAACAACUGCGUUAAACAACAAAGAAGCUCUUCUUCAAAUAGACAGUAAUGGAUCGCUUACCAUUGAAAAAAAAUUACGUGUCGAAGAUUUUCGUCUUCUUCGUGAACGAUUUGACCGUGCAACAAUUCACAAUUUUGAGACUAAUACGAAACCAAAUGAUAAAACAACUAGUUCAUUAAAUAAAGAAGAAUUUAUUGAGUCAUUUGAAUCUAUAUUAGAUCUAGCUCAAUAUAGAAAUCAAUUAGAAAAAUUAUUUGAUAAACUUAAUUCAAAAGAAACAGGAUUUAUUAAUUGGAAUGAUUUUUGUACAUAUAUGCUUCAAUUUUAUCAAGAUGAAGAUUAUGCAAAUACUCUUCGUAUAUCACCUUUUAACAACGAACCAAAAAUUCGACACGUCGCUCAUAAUAAGCAAGAAUUAACAGCAAAAAUUCUUCAUUUAGAAAAUCCAGUUAGAUUUAUCAAUAUAAGUAAAGAAGGUUCUUUAGGUUUAUGGACACCAAAUCUUAAUCUAGAAAAAAUAUAUUCUACUAUUGAUGAACUUGAUGAUGGAUCAAGUGGUGGUAAUACAAGUGGCACGGGACAAAAUCGUCGUCGAGCUGGAAUGUGGAUAACAGAUGCUAUUUUUAUGCCUGAUGUACAUAAAUUAGUACUUGCAUCCACUAGUCGAGAUUUACGUUUUUUUACUAUUACAACUGAAGCAUUUCUUGAAGAUUUUGGUGGCAAUAAUGAAUCAGCUUUAAUAUAUGGUGAUGAUAGUGGUUUUAUUCAUAUAUUAUAUUUUAAAAAUCCCAUUAAUUCUCUAUUUGAUCCAGUUCGACGAAAAACAGAUCCAGGAAAAUUUGAUAGAAUGUCUGCAAAUCCUACUCAACGUAUAUUUUGGGAUGAAUUAAAAGAACAUGAUAAAUUUGUUAAAUAUCAUAAUAUGGGUGCUAUUCAUCGAGAAUAUGUUCGUAAAAUACUUUAUAUACCACAUAAUAAUUCAAUUAUUGCAUCAAGUGGUGAUAAUCGAAAUUCUUUGAUUAUUACUAAUAUAAACAAGUUAAAGAAGCCUUAUAUUUUUCGAUUAUAUAAAGGAUGCGAAUGUUUUGAUUAUAGCAAAGCAUUAAAUAUUUUAAUAACUGGUGGUGCUGAUUAUCUUGCACGUAUUUGGAAUCCAUAUGUAACACAAAAAAAUAUAGCUAUCUUAGAGGGACAUCAUGCAGCAGUGAUUGAUAUUAAAAUUAAUGAACGUUUAGCACAAUGUUAUACAUUGAGCCAAGAUGCUAUGGUUAAAGCUUGGGAUUUAAAAGAAUUCUUUUGUCUUCAAACAAUUCCUAUUCGAUUUCCGACUACAUUAGGUGGAAAAAAGCCAACAUUUGCUCCAUUUGCCAUGGAUUUAUAUCUUAAUAAAUUAACUAAUAAUACGGAAACAAGUUUACCCGGUGGUCUAGUUUUAGCAUGUAAUGAUUAUUUAUGUUUAAUGAAAUUAGGACAUGAUAUAUCUAAAGAUGGUAGUCUAACUGAAACACAUACAGCACCAAUUAGUUGUGCAGUAUAUAAUCCUAAACUUAAACAAUUAAUAACAUGUGCGGAUAAUUCAAGUAUAGGUGCAUGGGAUAUUGAAUCAGGUCGUAAAGCAUAUUUUAUAGUUGAUGCACAUGAUGGUGAAGAAAUUACAUGUGUUUCUAUUGAUCGAUCAUGUCGAAAACUUGCAACAGGUGCUCGGAAUGGUGUUAUUAAAAUUUGGAAUACUGCUAAUGGUCAAAAUCUUCUUAUAUUACCAAGUGUACAAGAUGCAGAAAUUACGGGUAUUCUUUUUUUUGAUAAAGGCAUUAUUACAGUUGGAUGGUCAAGAAAAAUUGUUAAAUAUCCAGAUAUUAUUUCUGAACUUGUUGUACCUAAAGCUGAUUUAUCAUGGCGUGGUUCACAAACACAUCGUGAUGAUAUCUUAUGUUUGGAACAUUUAUUACCGAUUAGUAAUAUAAUGUGUACAGCUUCAUAUGAUGGUGAAAUUAAUGUAUGGAGUAUUGAUACAGAAAAAUUAGUUAUGUGUUUACGUAAAGGACCAACAACUGAACUUCGUCGUUCACCAUCAAAUUAUCGUCGGUCAUCAUCUCGUUAUUCAAUAGCACGUGGUCCAGUACCAGUUGAUAAACUUCUCUUUCUUCGACAUCGUGCUAAAGAAAAUAUGAAACUUGGUGUUUUAAUAUCAAGUGAAGGUGGUAAUCUAUACUGUUGGUCACUUUAUGGUGAACGCAAGAAUAUGGGAAUGUUUUAUGGCCCAUCGAAACCGGGUGAAUCAAUAUUAGCUAUGUGUACUGAUGCAACUAAUCGAUAUUUGAUAUGUGGUGAUACUCAUGGUGAAAUGCGUGUAUGGAAUAUAGAAAACUAUUGCUGUUCAACAACAUCACCUGUUCUAUUUGAUUCAACUUCACCACCACUUAUACAUUUUUGGCAAGCACAUAUUUCACCAAUUAUCUUUUGUGAAUGGACUGAUUAUAAAGGAAGUGGGGAUUUUAUAUUAACUGGAUCAACAGAUCAUACAGCACAUUUAUGGACAAUAAAUGGAGAAGAAAUUGGAAUAUUUGGACAAAGACAACAAUGGGAUAUUGAAUUAUUACUUUCAUCAAGAAUAACAAAUGAUGAUGAACAAAUAGGAGAAAAAAGUGAAAAUAACAAUGAAAAUGAUCAAAAUGACAUAAAAUUGACAACAACAGAUAAAAUUAAUUAUUUACAAGUGCCUGAAAUUGCUAUAAACAAAGACGUUGGCGAUAAACGACCAUUAUCGUCAACUUCUCAAAAUUCUGAUCGUGUGAGUGGACUUGGCUUACCAAUUGAACGAGGAUUAAAUCAACAAAAAUUACAACGACAAGAACGACGUCAUCGUUUUAGUGGAAUUGAUGGUCGUCAUUUGACCAAAGGUGGUGUCUGUUGUACUCCAUUCGCUUUACUUUCAACUCUGGAUAUUGAUGAUGCUAUAUCUAAUAUAAAUUAUUCGAGUUUUCAACCAAAAUCAAUAGUCAUAGAAGAAUUAUACAUGGGCAAUAAAAAUGAUUUACCAUCAACAACAAAUUUAUCAUCGAAAAAUCGACUUGUUCUACCAUCAAUAAUAUCACGUCAACGAACAUCAUCAUCAUUUGCAAGUAAUAUAACUUCAACACCAGGAACACCAUUCGAUGUUGACACAAAUAAUCGAUUUCCAUUGUCAUCAAGACAAACUACAUUUAUGAAAUCGAUUUCAGAAAUAUCAUAA